CCCCUUGUGCCCUAUUCCUAUAUAAGUUAAGGAACCCAUGAAUGGACAUUAUGCAUCGAUUUCUGUGUGUCUGAAUCUGUUAUCUACACUCCAAAGAAGAAAGCGUUUGUGAACAAUAUUACAUACUUAGAUCAGUCCGGGUCAGAAAAAAGAAAACCAGAGAGAAGUUAGAAGACUGACAAUAGUAGAACAACUCAUCAAAAGGAAGGAUGGAUUCCAUCAAAUCCUUCAAGGGCUACGGUAAGGUGGACGCGAUCGAGGAUCAGGAGUUCCGGCGUAAGACCCGCAAGCGGAUUAUCAUCAUUGCCGUCUCGGUCGUCGUCUUGCUCACUCUCAUCAUCGCAGCCGUCGUUGGUGUCUCCAUACACAAAACCAACAACGAUGACGGGAAUGAAGCCACCUCCCCAUCCUCUUCUUCCUCGACCCUUGCCAAUUCCAUCAAAGCAGUGUGCAGCGUCACCCACUACCCCAAUUCCUGCUUCUCCUCCCUCUCUUCCCUAGAGACCAAGGCAGCCACCACCAGCAACAAGGCAGCGGAUCCAGAGGAGCUGUUCAAACUAUCCAUGGAAGCAGCGGUGAACGAGCUCUCGAAGCUGUCGACGCUACCGAACAAGCUCAUAGCCAAGACCAAUAACGUCCGAGACAAGGCGGCCCUACUCGAUUGCCAGUCUCUCUACCAAGAAGCCAUAGAUCAGCUCAACACUUCCAUCUCCUCUAUGCAGUCAGAUGGAAAUGGGAAGUUGCUGACAGCGUCCAAGAUCGACGACAUGAAGACUUGGCUGAGCGCCUCGCUGACGGACUUGCAGACGUGCUUGGACGGCUUGGAGGAGACCAACUCGACAUCACUGGAGGAAGUGAGGAAGGCGAUGCAGAGUUCCACGGAGCUCACCAGUAACAGCCUUGCCAUCGUUUCCAAGAUCAUAAACCUCCUCCAGGACUUCGACCUACCCAUCCACCGCCGGCUUCGGAAGCUUCUCGAAUUCGGAAUAGAAUUCCCGGAGUGGGUCGGACCCACCGACCGUAAGCUGCUUCAGCAGGAGGACACCACCACCAAACCCAAUGUAACGGUGGCCAAGGACGGGACGGGAAACUUCAAAACCAUCACGGAAGCAGUGGCGUCCAUUCCCAAGAAGAGCGCAUCGAGAUUCCUGAUCUACGUCAAGCAAGGGGUGUACGAGGAGAAUGUGAUCCUUGACAAGAAGAAAUGGAACGUCAUGAUGUACGGUGAUGGCAAGACUAAGACGAUCGUCUCCGGCAAUCUCAGCUUUGUCGGUGGGACCCCCACUUUCGCCACCGCAACUUUCGUUGUGGUUGGAAAAGGAUUCAUCGCAAAAGACAUCGGAAUUCGCAACACGGCCGGAGCGCAAAACCACCAGGCGGUGGCCCUACGGUCGGGGUCGGACUUGUCGGUGUUCUACAGGUGUUCCUUCGACGGAUUCCAGGACACCCUUUACGCCCACUCCAACCGUCAGUUCUACAGGGACUGCGACAUCACGGGGACCAUCGACUUCAUCUUCGGCAACGCCGCCGUCGUGUUUCAGAAGUGCAACAUCCUACCCAGGCAACCCAUGGCGAACCAGUUCAACACCAUCACGGCACAAGGCAAGACUGACCAAAACCAGAACACCGGAAUUUCCAUCCAGCGCUGCAAUAUCUUACCCCUCGACAACGUCACGGCCUCCACCUACUUGGGUCGCCCCUGGAAGAAUUACUCCACCACCGUCAUCAUGCAAUCCGAAAUCGCUGCCGUCGUCGACUCUACCGGCUGGACCCCUUGGAUCCCUAACACACUUCCUCCCUCCACCAUCUUCUACGCCGAGAACCAAAACACAGGGCCCGGUUCGGCCGUGGACAAGCGGGUCACAUGGGAGGGCUACAAGUCUACCAUCACAGACCAGCAGGCCUCUCAGUUCACCGUUAAUAACUUCAUUCAAGGCUCCGACUGGUUGCCCCAAACCACCGUCACUUAUGAUGCCUCCUUACAAUGAGAGAGACUCCGGAUCCCCAACUUAAUCCGGGCAGAUAGACCCAAGAAUCUAAACUUCUUUUUCAACGACAAAUCAAAGGAUAGAUUCAUUCCAUGUGAUUACAUCGAAUAGAUUUGGGAUUUUUCCCUAAACUAUCUGGAUACCUUAAAUAUGUGAGUUCAAACAUAGUAAAAUUAUUAAGCAGGCAGCCUUAGGUUUCAGAAAAUAAUUCCAUCCAAAUGAUCAACUAUAUAUGUUUGUGCAAA